ACCGUGUUGUUGCGGAAGUGCCGGUGGACAGUAAUUCUCUACUCUGACAGUUGCAUUCCUUCUUCAGAGCAGAUUAUCCUAACUGGUUUUGUGCUGUAGCGCCAUCGUUUACGUGAAUAAACUUGAGUCAUGGCAGCCCUUAAAUACGCAGGUUUGGACGAUACAGAUAGUGACGAUGAGUUACCGCCCGGAUGGGAAGAGAGAUCUACGAAAGAUGGUUGGGUCUACUAUGCAAACCAUGAUGAGAUGAAGACACAGUGGGAGCACCCCAAGACAGGAAAGAAAAAACGUUGUGCUGGAGAUUUACCGUAUGGCUGGGAGAAAGAAACCGAUGAAAAAGGACAGAUCAUUUAUGUUGAUCACAUUAACAAGCGGACCACAUAUUUUGACCCGCGACAGGCUUUUACAGUAGAGGAUGUGGUGGUGAAGCCAAAACGGUAUGAUGGAAAUACUGCCGCUCUAGAGAUCUUGCAGGGUCAGGACCUCUCUGACAAAGUUGUCCUCAUUACUGGAGGCAACUGUGGCAUUGGCUUUGAGACAGCCAAGUCUUUUGCUCUUCAUGGUGCCCAUGUGAUCCUGGCGUGCCGAAACCUGUCCCGGGCCAGCAAGGCAGUUAGCCUCAUACAGCAGGAGUGGCACAAAGCAAGAGUAGAAGCCAUGAUGUGCGACCUGGCCUCUUUCCGCAGUGUCAGGGAGUUUGCUGAGUCUUUCAAGGCCAAGAAGCUGCUCCUGCAUAUUCUGGUGUGUAAUGCAGGAGUUUGCACUCAGCCUUGGAGCUUGACGGAGGAUGGCCUAGAGUCAACCUUCCAGAUUUGCCAUCUAGGUCACUUUCUGCUUGUCCAGUGCCUACAGGAUGUGCUGCGUCGCUCGGCCCCUGCCCGUGUUGUGGUGGUAUCCUCUGAGUCCCACAGGUUCACAGACCUGUUUGACUCAUGUGGCAAGGUUGACUUGGCCCUGCUGUCCCCACCAAAGAAGGAGUACUGGUCCAUGCUGGCUUACAAUCGGGCCAAGCUCUGCAACAUCCUCUUCAGCAAUGAGCUCCACCGCCGCCUCUCACCUCACGGCGUCACCUCCAACGCCGUACAUCCUGGGAACAUGAUGUACACCUCCAUUCACCGGAGCUGGUGGCUGAUGACCUUUCUCUUCACGCUGGUCAGACCUUUCACCAAGUCUAUGUUUGUUUUUGUCUUUUAACCCCAUCUUGGGUUCAGCCUCUUCUGUAUAUGUUCAUCUUUUUCUGUCUCCUUCCUUCCUCUACAGCCCUCCUAUUCUGAGAGAGAUAGGGAUGAGAGAGUGGGAAUGAUGGUAAGGAAGGGUGAAGGAAAGAGAAAAGAGGCAUAGGAAGCAGGGGGACAGCCCUUUCAUGUGCUCGUAUACUCCGGUCUGCAUAGUCCAGAUUACAUUCCCUUUCCUUGGCUAGACAGUUUUUCCAAUUUCUCCCAACCGAUGGAAGACAGGUUGAGAAGAAGCAGCUGGUUAACUGCAUUAACUCAUUUUGGACUCCUCAAUAUGUCUGAUAUCCUAAUCCCUCUCUGUUGACAUGGCAGGACGAGGGAGUGUGGCGCUGGUUGAUAGGGAGGUCCUCCUGCCACUCUGGAAGACACUUGCCCUCCCAUCUUCCUCUCAUCAUGUACCCCUCUUCUCUUUCUUCAGCAUUAAACAGCCCCUGCUUGCAAAAUUCAAAUGUACAAAUUGGAAAUUUUUCUUUAGCUGCAGCUUUGGUUCUUUGGCUCAAGUACAACACAGUCAGACAAGGAAACAAAUUGGGUUGGAGUUUAGGAAGAGGAGAAGGAAAGGGGGCUCAUAGCUUGACUGAGUGGUGUGAGUAUAGAGGACAAGGUGGAUGGAGUGGGUGCAGCAUGGUUAGAGGCAGGUAGAGGUUAGAUAGGCAGGUACAUGCACCACCAUAUAGACUUUGGUGUUGGGGGAUGGAGAGCAUUGUUGUAAGGUUGGAUACAGGGGAGAUCUAGGGGGAUAGAGUGGGAUCAGCGGGGGAAAAGGAGGAGGGGUAAGAGAAGAGUGAUUAUGGUGGGUCUAGGCUGCCAGGCCUGAUAAAUGACUAAUCAGGAGAACAGGGCCUUAGGUCCCUCACAGGACCCACUACUACCACAGGCUUAUCACAUGCACAGGCUACAGACACAGACACACACACACACACACACAGACAUGCCUCUCGCAAACCCGCAGCACACAUGCACCCUUUCACACUUGGACACAAAAGGAGAGAGUAAGAGAAAAGAGAGAGAUGGGUUCAAUCCAUAGCUGCCUCUCCUGGAACAGCGCUCUGCUUGGAGAGCUGUUAUAGAUCCACCUCUGCCUCCUCCGCACGCCUGCUUCACCUCUCUGACUCCUUGCUCCAGGUCUAAUAGUCUGCCAAGGCUGGGACAAAGAGCACGUCACACAACUGACAAACUGUGGUUCUGUUACACGAUGAUAUAUCCACUAUCUUAAAAAGAUGGCUCACAAAAUAGUUAACAACCAUUAUGAAGAGUCAUCUAUCAUUUUUAACUUUUGAGUUUCCGGAAGUUUUUUUUAAAUGAGUAAUAUGCUGAACUGCUACAGAGGAAAGCACAGGAUAUAUUGGAGGGAAAAAUACAGUUAGUGUGGCUGGUUAAAUCCAAUCUGGCUGCAUCCCAAGCUAAUGAUCAGGAAGGGAUGGGAAAAGGCGGGAGAGAGAAUUAUUGAGAGGAGGGAGUAGGAGGAAGCAGUGGCGAUAGGGGUAUAUGGACGUUUUUGUGUGCCACGCUCCAUUGACUCGGCCUCCAUACCUCAGCAGCCAUGUGAUCCCAGUGUGAUGCUGCUAAUAGUGACACCAGAGGGGUCGAGAGCAAGUGCGAGGGCGAGACAGUCGAGGGAUGGGGGGAG